CAUUUAUGCUAAUUAUUACGUUCUCAGCAUUGACUGCUGGAUAAUAAGGGAAACCAACCGCCGUACAGAGAAAGCUUCACCGUUCCAACGGUAACAUGACACAGCUUCAUCCUUCAUAAUAUAAUCAAACCAUUCUCUUCACGGAGGGAGAGACUUUCUUAAUUAUCUAAAAAUCUCAUCUUCUGAUAUUUAUCAAAAAAUAAAAUAUAAAGCUCUGAGAAAAAAAAGGCCUUUAACUUGAAUCAUGGGAAUGGAUUUUGGCGACGGCCUUUCCUUCGCCGCCGUUGUCCCCACAGUAUACAAGCGAGAAGACUAUAAGCAAACAAAACACGACUCCAUUUUCUCCAACUGGAAGGUUCUGAUAGGUUCGGAGGAUUGGGAGGAUUUCAAGAAGGGGAAAGACGGUGUAGGUAGAUACAGAGUCCAGAACUUACCUCGUAAAUCUUGUCCUGGUCUGUAUGAGCUAGGUGUAGCAGUCAUUGACCAAGCCCGAAAGCUUGACUCGGAUGAUGUUCUCGCUGCGUAUCUAGGACAAGCUGAAAGUGUUAGAUCUAGGCUUCAGUCUUAUGGACGAUCCGGUGCUCAUUUGCGCACUGUUAACAACAACAACCUUGAUGGUUAUUGUGAGUCUCCUCCAGAUAAGAAGGCGGGUUUGUUUGAGGACAUAUUCAUGAAAGAUGGCUCGGUUGUCUAUAGAUGGGCUCCGAUGGGGUCUAAGAGGGAAGCUGAGGCAACGGAAGGGAUGCUAUUGAGCACGUUUGACUAUGCGUGGAACAAAGGAAGCAACGGGGAGCGACGCCAGCUUGAUUUGCUUAAGAAGCUCGGUGAUCUCGAGUUUAUUAGCAACAGAGAGUCACGGGUAUCAGAACGGGUGCUCUUUCCUUUUCUUCAGAACCAAGUUUCAUCAGAAGAGAGGAAGCUAAGCUGUGAUGUUGUUGGUGAAGAGAAGAGUAGCAAUUUACUCACUUCCAUAAUCAAACUCUCCCGAUCUAGACCUCAGCCAGUUUCAGACAAACUUGAUGAGGUUAAUAGUUCUUGUUCUGAUUCUGUUUGUGGAGUCAUACUCGAAAAUGGGGCUUGUUGCAGUAAAAGUCCGGUUAAAGGAAGAAAGAGAUGCGUAGAGCAUAAAGGUCAAAGAAUCUGCCGUGUCUCACCGGUUAAACAACAGCCCGAGACUUUGGUCUACAGACAAGAUUACAAACAAGAAGACACUGAUGUUGUUACCUGUGGAGUGAUCUUACCAAACAUGGAGCCUUGCAGUAAGAGACCUGUUCCAGGGAGAAAACGGUGUGAGGAUCACAAAGGCAUGAGGAUCAACGCUUCCCUCUUUCUUCUUAACCGGACAGACCGUGAGAAAACCGUCAAAGAAGAAGAAGAAGAAGUAGCUUCGCCUCGCUUCUGUGAAGCUACGACAAAGAGUGGUGCGCCUUGCACGAGAAGCUCUCCUAGAGGAAGCAAGAGGUGUUGGCAACACAAGGAGAAAGAGAAUAUUCAUCCGGUGGUGGCCGGAACACAAGUAAGAUGUGGUGUUAAAGUGUGUGAUGGAGUGGUCUGUGAGAGAUCUCCGGUAAAGGGACGUAAAAGAUGUGAAGAGCAUAAGGGAAUGAGAGUCAUCAUCAUCCCAUCUUGACUUUUGGUUAAGCUCGCUGUCCCACCUAACUGCCAAUUGUUUGUACUAAUUAAACCGGUUUGUUUGUUUAUUGUACCAUUUUCUGUACCGAAUUAAUUAUUAUUUAAAAUCAGUUAAAC